AUGUCGGACGUCGCUGCCCUGGAGGCAGAAGUCAAGGAGUUCAAGCUCCAGCUUGAAACCGUCCAAUCGAGUUUGCAGGUAGACCCAGACAACACGGAAUUGCAGAGUCUCAAAACUGAGCUGGAAGAACUUAUAAACCUCACCGAAACAUCCAUUGCCGAACUCAAACCUCCCGCGCCUGCCGUGUCCCAGCCGCCGGCGUCCGCGGCCAAGGACAAUAGGGCCAAGGAUUCCUACGCUUCUCAACCAACAUACCGCAAACCGACGGUCGAACAAACGGACGAACCGUCAACUCAGACCUCCUUUUCCGUGAACGAGCACGUUCUCGCCCGGUGGGUGUCGGGCGACAACUCGUUCUACCCAGCGCGUAUCACCUCCAUCACCGGCUCUGCGAGCAACCCCGUGUAUCUUGUCUCGUUCAAGUCCUAUGGGACGGUGGAAAAUCUAACCUCCAAAGACAUCAGGCCCAUCUCCGGCAAUGACUCGCGAAAGCGCAAGGCUGAUGCAAGCUCAGGCAAUUCCUCAUCACAAUCUCCGGCGCCGCCGCCGCCCCACUCGAGCGUGAUCUCCGCCGCCGCGGACAUUAAUCCCGCGUUGGCCAACCAGGCGCGUAAGGAGCCGAGCAAGGUGAGCGAUGGGCCGGCGCGCCCGGCUAAGGUGCCCCGGAAGGUGAAGGCUACGCGGGAGCUCGAGGCGGGCAAGAUGAAGUGGAAGGAUUUUGCCAGCAAGGGUAAAUUGGGUCGCAAGGAGAGCAUGUUCCGCACGGGCGAUGGAGUAAAUGCCCGAGUGGGCUUCACUGGCUCUGGCCAGCAGAUGCGCAAAGACCCUGGACGUUCACGACACGUCUACCAGCAGGGCGAAGAGGAAGGCUACUAA